GUGGAGACGCCCAGGCUCAUCGAAGUCGCUGGCUCCGCCACAUUGACGCCUGUUGUUGAUGGAAGGUUGUGGCUGUGCUUAUCAACGACACAGCUCCAGACGACGAGGAUUAGGGUGCGGCUUCGUUGCUGAUGCAAGUCCGCCCCCGUCGAGGGAAACGGCAUCACGGUGAGAUGCAGCCGCGUUUGAUGGAGAGGGCGACCUGGGGCCGCAGCGUUCCUCAACUGCUGGCCGACGCUCGAUUUUUGGCGUGUGGGAGCAAAUCUGGCGAGCAAUGAGGGCGCUAGGUCGGCAGCUCGACUGCUCGAGCGCGGAGGAACAGGGGGACGGGGCGCGUGAGCGUCGGCCCUCGGGGGAACAGAAGCGGGAGGAACGGGGCACGGGGACCGCGCGUCGGCACUCGGGGGGAGCGGGAGGAGCGGGGCAUGGCGUGGCGCUUCUCGACUCGAGGAUUUGCAGUGGACAGAAGCUCGCGAAGAUGGGAAGAUGAACUUGCGGCGCGAGAAUGCGAGAUAGACUGGCCGGCGUGAGGAUUUAGCGAGAGCAGAGCAACCGACCGACGAGAUGGACGAGCGAUAUCAAGGAAGUCUCUCGAGCCCUCUAUACGGGAUACGGGCGGCGCGAUGUGCGCCACGGUAUAAUUGAAGAGGAGAACGGACGGUCGGCGAUUCCCGGCGACGUGGCCCAAUGACCGCUCGAGGACCGUCCGCCGAUUUCGUCAAUUAGAGAUUCGCAUCGCGUGACACGUCACGCUUGUAACCGUUGCCACGAUUGGGGAAAAAUCAUUUUCGUUCAAAAGAAAAAAAAUAUCAUCUCAUAGAUAGCCGUUGUUUGGAUCGCCUCCCCCUCCCUUCUCGUCCCCGGCCACCGCCUCGCCCAACGGCUCUAUUCCCGUUGACCGUUGCGAGUUUAAAGCCUCCCCUUCCUCGCACCUCUCUUCCCCCAAACCGCUCCCCCUCUUCCCCGCCGAUCCAAUUCUCCCACCGCGAAAACCUAGAGAGAGCGAGAGGGAGAGGCGAUCCAGAGAUCGGCGCCAUGAACGACCUCAUGACCAAGUCCUUCAUGAGCUACGUCGACCUGAAGAAGGCGGCGAUGAAGGACCUGGAGGCGGGCGGCGACGGGAUCGAGCUCCCGGAGUCGGGCGCCGGCGGCGUCACGGACGAGCGCCUGCGCGGCUUCUUCGAGGAGGCGGAGGCGGUUAAGGCGGAGAUGGCGGCGAUCCGCGACGCGCUCGACCGCCUCCACGCCGCCAACGAGGAGGGCAAGUCGCUGCACCAGGCCGACGCCCUCCGCGCGCACCGCGGCCGCGUCAACGCCGACAUCGUCGCCGUGCUCCGCCGCGCCCGCGACAUCCGCGCCAGGCUCGAGUCCCUGGACCGCGCCAACGCCGCGCAGCGCAGGCUCUCCGCGGGGUGCCGCGAGGGCACGCCGCUGGACCGCACGCGCACCGCCGUCACCGCGGGGCUCCGGAAGAAGCUCAAGGACCUCAUGCUUGACUUCCAGGCGCUGCGGCAGCGGAUGAUGUCCGAGUACAAGGAGACCGUGGAGCGCCGCUACUACACGCUCACCGGGGAGGUCCCCGAGGAGGAGGUGAUCGAGCGCAUCAUCUCCGACGGCCGCGGCGAGGAACUCCUGGGCGCCGCCGUCGCGGAGCACGGCAAGGGCGCCGUGCUCGCCGCGGUCCACGAGAUCCAGGACCGCCACGACGCGGCGCGCGAGGUGGAGCGCAGCCUCCUGGAGCUCCACCAGGUGUUCCUGGACAUGGCCGUCAUGGUGGAGACGCAGGGGGAGAAGCUCGACGACAUCGAGAGCCACGUCGCCAACGCCUCCCACUACGUGCAGGGCGGCAACAAGGAGCUGGGUAAGGCUAGGGAGUACCAGCGGAGCAGCCGCAAGUGGCUCUGCAUCGGCAUCAUCAUCCUGCUGCUCCUCAUCCUCCUCGUCAUCGUGCCCAUCGCCACCAGCUUCAGGAAGUCUUGAGCGAAUUGUGAUGGGAGGAACAACGCCGGGGUUGUGAAUUUGUGAUGAUGAAGGGGUUCGGAUUCGAUUCGUUCAUUCGUUGGGUGGGUCAUGGGUAGGUUCGAAUGAUCUGGACACUCUGCGGUUGUGUCUCGUGUUGUUUGAUUUCGUAUUCGUUAAUUUCAGCCUGAAUGUUUCUGUAUCCAUCAGGAUUUAGCUGAUGAAAUCACCUUUAACUGUUCAUCUGUUCCUGAGUUCGUGUACUGUAUGGCAUGAGAUUUGGUGGGUGACACUUAGCAGCAGUUGAAAUUUAAAAUUCCCAUUGUCAAA